GCGUGUGAGCGUUUCGACUAGAGUUCCAUCAACCGAGACCGUCGCCCUUCGACACAUCUCAUCUACCUGCGUACUACUCCCCGGCCUAAAUUUUCUGUCGUGAUGAGGACCAUGGCGCUGCUGCUGCUGGUGUCGCUGCUGGCGGCGGCGGCGGCGGCCACGAGCAACACAUCUGACAACGUGCACAAUGAGAGGGGCGAGGAGGAGACGCGGCGGAUCUUCCUGGUGUGGAAGGCCGAGCUCGGCAAGACCUACAGCUCCGCCGCCGAGGAGGAGCGUGCGUACAGCAUGUUCAAGCACCGCCUCCGCGACAUCGACCAGGGGUGGCACGAGGACGGCUACUCAGCUUGGUCCUGGAACAGGGAGAGGAGCGAGGAGGAGACCCGGCGGAUCUUCGCAGAGUGGAAGGCCACCAACGACAAGAUGUACAGCUCCAUCGACCACGAGAAGCACCGGUACGCCAUAUUCAAGGACGCCCUCCGUCAAGUCGAUCGGAACAACGCCGGCUACGCCAUAGGGGUCGACACUAACCACCAGGGCAUCAACGGGUUCACCGAUCUCACCCUAGAGGAGUUCAGCGUCGUUUGCAGCGGGUUCAUCCUGGAGGGCUUCGAGCCAUCGCUGGCUGACUUAAGGAGGGAGGCCGAGAUCCAGGAGCGCUUGCGGCUAGUAUAUGCCCCUCCAUCCCUUUGGGCUUAUUGACAUCAAAGAUAUCAUUUAUCCGUUUUGCUAAGUCUUAGUCCAAGGCUUCGUUAUUUCUCAAUCGGUACUAUAUCCCUUAGAUCUUGCGUGGAGAUUCCUACAAAGUUUUUUUUUUCCAGUUUUUUCCUUUUCGUUCUUAUAUGUAUAUCACUUGAGUGAGACUUGAUUAAAGUCUUAGAGACCUAGCCACA